AUGCCGCUCCGCCCGCGCCCACCAGCUGCCGGGCGGCGUCCUCGCCUUGCCGCGACCGUGAAACCCCGUACCUUCGCUGCCGCAGCCUCCUCCCACCACCAGCAGCAACAGCCCCUCCCUUCCUACCACUAUGCCGCGCUCCUCCAGCGCAGCGGCGCCACCGCCGACCCGCGCCUGGCCGCGGCCCUCCACGCGGCUCUGCUCAAGCCGGGCGUCCUCGCGUGCCACGUCUUCCUCCACAACCACCUCCUCAUCGCCUACUUCAAAUGCCGCCUCCACCGCCGGGGCCUCCGCGUGCUCGACGAAAUGCCCCACCGCAACGCCGUCUCGUGGUCCGCCGCCAUCGCCGGGCUCGCGCAGGGGGGCCGGCCCCGCGACGCGCUCGCGCUGUUCAUCCGGAUGCGCCUCGCCGGGUGCCCGCCCAACGAGUUCGCGCUGGCGAGCGCGCUCAACGCGAGCUCGUUCGCACCCGCGGGCACCGGGUGUGCGCGGCAGCUCUACGCGCUCUCGGUGCGGCUUGGCUUCGACUCCAGCGUCUUCCUGACGAACGCGUUCCUCGCUGCGAUGGCUCGUCACGGGCAGCUCGAGGACGCGGUGCGGCUGUUCAACGGCUCUUCCGUCCGGGACAUCGUCUCGUGGAACACGCUGCUCGCGGGGUUCGCGCGCCACUGGAGCGUGCAGGGUUGGAUCCUGUGGCGAAGGAUGGUCAGGGAAGCUGUUCGCGCCGACGGGUUCUCGUUCAGCACAGUCCUGUCUGGACUGGCGGCGAGCACGAGCUUGGCGAGCGGUCUGCAAGUUCACGCCCAGCUCGUCAAGAGUGGCUUUGGCGAUGAUGUCUAUGUGGGGAACUCCUUGGUGGAGAUGUAUAUGAAGAGCAAAUGUCUAGCAGAUGGCACCAUGGCAUUCGCCGAGAUCCGCUGCAAAGAUGUCGUGUCGUGGACUGGGAUGGCCGCUGGCUGCCUACACUGCGGCGAGCCUUCCAAGGCAAUUGGCAUUCUCAGUCAGAUGAUGCUGGACGGAGUCAUGCCUAACAGCUACACAUUUGCAACGUCAGCUAAUGCCUGCGCAAGCCUCACCGAUCUUGACGAAGGAAGGAAAGUUCACGGGUAUGUGAUCAAGUUGGGAGACGACUCUGACAUUGGCGUCAACAAUGCGCUCAUCGACAUGUAUGCGAAAUGCGGGUCAGUGGCCUGUGCUCACAAGGUGUUCCAGUCGAUGCAGCAGCGGCCUGUUAUCUCUUGGACAGCGAUGAUCAUGGGUUUCGCGCACAACGGGCGAGCUCAGGAAGCUGUGGAGGUGUUUGACGACAUGCUGCUGAAAGGCGUAGCUCCCAACCGCGUCACUAUGAUCUGCAUUCUCUAUGCUUGCAGCCAAGGUGGGUUUGUAGACGAAGGUUGGAUUUACUUCAACGCCAUGGAGGACAAGUUUGGCAUUCAGCCUGGCGAGGACCACUACGCAUGCAUGGUCGAUCUCCUUGGCAAAGCAGGCCACAUCGAGGAGGCUGAAGAGCUGAUAUCAAGGAUGCCAUUCCCGCCUGGCGUUCUGGUCUGGCAGGCCUUGCUUGGUGCCUGUCAUCGUCACGGCAACGAGGCUGUUGGCAGGAGGGCUGCAGAGCAUGCGCUUGCGCUCGAGAACGAUGACCCGUCGACAUACAUGUUGCUGUGCAACACGCUUGCUGGUCAGCACGAUUGGGAUGGCGCAAGAAGGGCGAGAGGGCUCAUGGGAGCAGAAAUCCUGAAGCUGCCCGGGUCUUCAUGGUUUCAGUCCAUGUCUGACAGAAAGCGAGCUUGUAUCAGGUGA